GAACACCUUUGUCACGUCAACUGAUUCCCUUGACGUGAAAGGUUCAUAGUAUUCAAUAGAGUUUACUUUGUGAAGAGAAGUGAGAACAAAACCUAGCAAUGGCUGCUGAAGAUAAUUGGCAGACGAAGCUUCCAACUCUCGUCGAAAGAACUGCGUUCAUUUUUAACAGCAAGAUAUUGAGCGAUGUGAAGUUUGUCGUUCCUGUUUCGACUGAUGAAAGUGAAAGUAAGAAGGUGAUCCCAGCUCACAAGUUUGUGCUCGCAAUCAGUAGUCCUGUGUUCUUUGCCAUGUUUUAUAGCCGAAUAGCGGAGACUAAAGACUCUAUUGAACUGCCUGACUGUGAGCACGAGAGUCUGUUGGAGUUGUUUCGUUUCUUGUACACCGACCAAGUGAAUUUAAGCGGAAGUAAUGUGAUGCAAGUGCUGUACUUGGCGAACAAAUAUCUGGUGCCCUCGCUUGUCAAGAAAUGCAAAGAAUAUCUUCGAGACAACCUGAUAGCAUCGAACGUGUUUUGUAUUCUGCCACACGCACAGAAAUUUGAAGAUAAAGACUUAGAAGAUCGAUGCUGGAAAGUAAUUGAGGAGCAGACCGAAGAAGCGAUGACGUCAGAUGAAUUUGUUACAGUUGAGCGAUCUGUUGUCGAAUCUGUUGUGAAGAGAGAAGCGUUGAAUGUGAGGGAAGUGGAACUGUUCAAAGCUGUUAAUCGCUGGGCCACAAAAGAAUGUGAAAGGCAAGGUGUGACUUCCGAUGGAGAGACAAAGAGACGAAUUCUUGGAGAAGAUAUUGUGAAAGGAAUACGCUUUCCGUUGAUGGAAGAGAAAGAUUUUGCAUCUGUUGUAUUUGAUUCGCGAAUCUUAAAUUAUGAAGAGUUUGGAAACAUGACAAAAUACUACAACGGUCUGAUAAAUUCUCCUUUGCCGUUCUUAAAGGCCAGUAGAAUUGAAUCCACUGUGCACCGAUGCUGCAGGUUUCAAAUGUUUUAUUCCCCAGGGGAACGCUGGUGGUACUGUGGAAUGACUGACUGUAUCAUUCUCACCGUCAAGAAGCCUGUUAAACUUUACGGAGUUCAGCAUUUUGGCUCCAAGAGCGGCGAUUAUACGGUUACAACAGAUAUUGUUGAUCCCGUGGACAACACUUCGCUUGUGAGUCAAACGGGAAAUUACACUUCAGAAAAAAGCGGUACCCAUGCUUAUUACGGCUUUGAUGUGUUGUUCGAUCGUCCUGUUAUUUUGAAAGCAGAUAAAGAGUACAAAGUAAAGUCGCUCAUCAAGGGCCCUACCUCGUGGUACGGCGACGGCGGGCAAACAUCAGUGGAGUGCCAGGGAGUGCAAUUUACAUUUAGUGGCUCGGGGGAUGGCUUAAAUGGGACCGAUAAAAACAGCGGACAGUUUCCUGAAAUUUUGUUUUCAGUAUCCAAGUAG